AUGCCCCACGCUAACGGAACGAUCGUCUCGCAAAAGAUGGCCUCACUCGACUACAAUCAAAAUGAUUCCGAAAUUCCGAUGCUCAUCGGCUUCUUUCUGAUGAAUGGCGUUUGUGUGGGUAUGGUCUCAAAGAUGAUCAGGACAAAAGAUAUGGGACAGUUGAAAACGGAAGUCAUGGAAGAAGUGCAAAUUGAGAGACAGCCGAUGAAUGGAGGAAAAAUCGCUGGUUUCGGAGGCGCGAAUGGGAGCUUGCAAAUGACCGAUCGACCAAUCAUUCGAGAAACCCUAGUAACUGUGGAAAACCUUGAAGAGCCAACGGUUCUCGUGCACACUCCCGUUGACGAGAUCACAGAGUCGACUCCACUGCAACACUCGCAAAGUUACCGAGAAAAACAAAAUCCGAACAUAAAGAAGGAACGAAGAGCUUCAUUUAUUCCGGUGGUGGAAAAAGAAAUGGCGGAACAUGGUGAACCAUCACCCUCAUCUCUCAUUCGAACAAAUCUCCUAGAAUCAGUGUCAACCUCAUUCCGCGAUCUCGUCCCCGCACUUCCUGCUAUAUUCUGGGUGGUCGGCUAUUUGAUGGCCGGAGUGUUCAAAUUGUUCAUCGCUAAUUGGAGAUGGCUCUAUUUUGCGAUCUCUAUCCCUGGAGUGUUGACAAUUCCACUAAUCUGGUACACUCCCGAAUCGAUUCAUUGGCUGAUCACAAACAAAAAGCAUGCUGGAGUCAAAAAAUACAUCACAGCAGCAAAUCGAGUGAAUCGACAUCAACUCUCGUUGUCAUCUUGCAAGUUGAGCGACGAGGAAAUCUCUCUCGAUGAAAAACCAAAGCGAACGAUGCUGGACUGUUUCCAGCACAAAGGACUUUUCAUCCAGCUUUGUCUUAACUCUUGGGUCUACAUUGUAAUGAGUGGGACUUAUUGGGCGCUUUCUCUCUUCUCCACUGAACUUUCUGAUGAGAAGAUGACCGGGUUUUUCCUCUCUGGCUUUGUCGAGUUACCAGCUGGUAUCCUUGGCACUUGGCUAAUGGUGGUUUUCUCACGGAAAGCUGUCUCCUUUUGGUCUUUGUUCCUCACCGGUGUCUCUCUAUUGUUAGCCACUUAUCUACCAGGAUCCAAGAAUUUUCUCAUGAUUUUCCCGCUAGCCGGUAAAUGCUUUAACUCUAUCGCCUGGGGCGUGCAACCGUUGAUUUUGUCUGAGUUGGCACCAACGACUGUUCGCAAUGCUUUCUCUGGAGUGGUUUCUUUUCUCGGUGAUAUCGGAUCGGUGAUCGCUCCCUAUUUGAAGCGAUUGGAAGCCGUUCAUGCGUCUGCCCCAAAUCUCCUCAUUGCCGUCACCUCUUUCAUCGCCGCUUUCUGCAUUCUCUUGAUGCCAGAGACAAAGGAUAAAAAGCUACCCGAAGAUCUCGACGCGUUCGAUCCCGGUCCGCUUGGUCGAUUUUUAGAGAAACGUGAAAAAGAAAAAACGAAAAAGACAAAAAGUAAUGGCAAAGAUAUAGAAGCACCAAUGUUGGAAGCGAUCCCGGAGGAGUCAAGCUCCCAGGAGAACACAAAC